UUCCCCCUUGUCUUGAUGUGUUACUGUUACUCAAUUUGCAGAUCUUCAAGAGAUCCAUCACAGGGACAGGGGCGGAGGGCUAUUGAUGUGAAGAACGAGCCUAUGCGAAUUACUCCUACUCUUCCUCCCCCACCUUCAUCAAGGAGACCAGUUUUUACAGAAGGGAAAAUGGUUGAUUAUCUCAGUGGUGACAGGUUUGAAUCUGAAAGAUCAUUGGGAACAGAAGGAUCCUCAUCUAUUGCUGCUUCAACUAAUUCAAACAGUGCGAACUCCAUCCCGCAUUCAAGUCCCAAGUCAUCUUUAUCUGCACCCCCUCCGGAUGAUUUGCUAAAUCCAACUGCUGAUGAUGACUUCCUGAACCCCACUGCAUCUAUGUUUACUGGAAAAAGUAACCACAACGAAUCUGAUAAAAAAGCCAAAUCUGCCGAUCACUUGCCUCCAGUACCUUGGGAUGCUCCUCCUGCCACACUUCCUCCACCACCAGCAAGAUAUGAUCAGAGACAACAGUACUUUGAGAAACAUGUUUCUGGUGGUUCUCCUCCCCAAAGAACUGGUUCGAGUUCUUAUGAUGGCUUAGUUGGACAAACAAAGAAUCUCUCGAUUAAUUCUUCUUCACCAUCCAAACCAGAGAAACCUGAGGAUGCACUCUUCAAAGAUCUUGUUGAUUUUGCAAAAGCCAAGUCUUCGCCAUCUUCAAACCAAUCUAAUAGAUCAUUUUAAGUGACUUAAAUGAAUAUGAAUAAUUUGUGGUGGUGUAUAUCAACUUUGACAUCUAGUAGCAAUAA